AUGAGGCUGAGGUGCAGUCCCGCUUAUUGUCGGGCGGUUGCUGACACCCUCAGCUGGCUCUUCGAGCUCCCUCCUCCAGCCGGUGCAGAGAUUCGUCUAAUCGAUCGAAGGAACGCACGCUCACACGCAAAGUCGCAAAGUCCCACCCGUUCGUACGGAAAGCGGCCAUCCCAUCCCUUUUUCGGCAACUCCAACUCGCCAUUUCGCUACACUGACGCGCCUGCCCUAGAGCGACAUAUAAACACGUCGAUUACUGACAGGUUUCACUACAGCGAUCAUCGUUCGGGUAGGACCCUGCCACUAGGGGCCAAGAUCUUGGACGAGCGCGUGGUGAUGGCUCAAGGUGACAUCAAGCCGCCAAACUUCCUCAUCGACCCUCACCCCCUGCAGGCGACCAUCAUCGAUUUUGGCGGUAUCAGCGCACUGCCGCAUUCGUUUCUACAGGGUUGUAUUGGCCAUAACCCAAGAGUUUUUGGACCAUUGCCCCAAGUAGAGUGGCUGCAUCUCAACUGCCAAAUGUUCGAGGUCACUGCCUCGGCGGCGGGGAACGGCAUGAUCACCCCUCAGGCUCUUUUACUGGACGGGCCCCCCUCUGAUUCGCUCAGAAAACCGCCCCUGUUAGACCUCCCCUCAGACCAAAUGCUGAGAGAUACCACUGGCUAG